AUGUUAAAAAAAUCCAGGAUUAAUCCAGAAUUUGCUCGCCAGAUUGAGGAAAAAGAAGCUCUUGUUUCCCAUCUAACCAGGGGCAAGCAGGCUUUCACUCAGCAGAUUGAGGAGCUCAAGAGGCGAAUUGAGGAGGAAGGGUUAACGCUGACCCAUGACCAUGCUGUGAACCUCGCCUUGAAUGGUGGCAAGAAGCAGCUUCAGAAACUGGAGUCCAGGGUGUGUGAGCUGGAAACUGAAGUUGAAGUAGAGCAGAGACUUGGAGCUGAUGCUGUGAAAGGUGUCCGUAAAUUUGAGAUGACCUACCAGACUGAGGAGAACAAGAAGAAUGUGACUCAGGAUCUGGUGGACAAGCUGCAGCUCAAAUUCAAGGCUUACAAGAGGCACGCUGAGGAGGUUGAGGAGCAGGCCAACACUCACAUGUCCAGGCUCAGAAAGGUCCAGCAUGAGCUUGAGGAAUCUCAGGACCACACUGCCCAGGUCAACAAGCUGAGAGCCAAGAGCUGUGAUGCUGGAAGGAGUCAAGAAGAAGAUGGAGGGAGAAUUGAAUGA